AUGAAGGGAAACUCCACGUCUUACCAAGUCCAAGUCCUGCAGCGAGGAGCAGGAGUGGGAGAGGAGCGAAAACGAACCGUGCAAGACUCGGCCGACAGCAACCGCCCAGAGCGUCGUUCUGCUCUAGUGGUACACGAGCUCCAGAGACUCGAAAUUGACAUUGCAGCUGUCAGCGAAGUCUGCUUUGCUGGAGAAGGCAGUCUAAAAGAACACGGCGCAGGAUACACCCUCUACUGGUCAGGGAAAGCUGAAACAGAGAGACAUCUCGCAGGCGUAGGAUAUAUGAUCAAAAACACCAUCGCCUCCAAACUCGAGGAACUACCCAGGGGCCACUCGGAUCGCAUUAUUUCCUUGCGCAUUCCACUAGAAAACAAACAGCAUGUCACUCUUAUCAGCGUGUAUGCCCCAACCCUCUUAGCAGAAAAAUCAGACAAGGACAAGUUCUAUAACAACAUGCGCAGAGUCCUCCAGCAAGUCCCUGUGGAUGAAAAGGUCGUCGUUCUUGGCGACUUCAAUGCCAGAGUGGGUCGAGACUCAGAAGCCUGGAAAGGAAUCCUUGGCAAACAUGGUGUUGGUAGCUGCAAUGACAACGGGCGCCUGCUGUUGGAGCUCUGUGCGGAACAGAAACUUGCCAUCACCAACACCAUCUUCCAGCAGAAAAACAGGUGGAAAACGACCUGGAUGCAUCCCCGGUCUAAACACUGGCACCUCAUAGACUAUGUUCUAGUGAGACAGAAAGACCUCAAGGAUGUCCUGCAGACCAGGGUGAUGCCCUGUGCCGAAUGUCACACAGACCACAGACUCGUCCACUGCAAACUCAAUCUCAAGUUUAAACAUAAGCCAAAGAAAAGGGGCGUACAGCAGCGAAAGUUCAAAACCAAGCUGGAAGACACUGACCUUACCAAUGAUACUCCUUUAGAUGAACACUGGAAACACAUCAAAAACUCUGUUCUACAAGCCUCCAAGGACAUCUUAGGAUACACAACCAGGAAAAAUCAGGACUGGUUUGAUGGAAACAACCACACAAUCCAAGACUUAUUGGCGAAGAAGAGGGCAGCUCACCAGGCCCACCUUGCCCAACCAGCCUGCCAAGUAAAGAAAGCAGCCUUUCGCCUCACCUGCAGCAACCUCCAGCGCACACUUAGAGAGAUCAAGAACCAGUGGGGGGACUACAAGGGCUUCUUUGAAGACCUGAAGGCCGUGUACGGACCUUCCUUUCAAGUCCAAAGUCCACUGCGCAGCGCAGAUGGCAAGGACCUUUUCACAGACAAGGCGACCAUCCUGAACCGCUGGUCUGAACACUUCAAGGCCCUCUUCAGCGCCAAUCGCACAGUGCAGGUCGCAGCCCUGGAAAGCAUACCACAACAGCCAAUUAAGGCCGACCUGGAUGUAGCAUCUUCUUUGGAGGAAACCGCUAAAGCUAUAGAACAGCUGAAAACUGGCAAGGCAGCGGGCAUCGACGGCUUUCCAUCAGAGAUCUGGAAACACGGCAGCCCAGCACUACUUUCCAAACUCCAUAAGAACAAGGGAGUAAAGUCUGACUGCUCAAACUAUAGGGGUAUCACCUUGCUCUCCAUUGCAGGCAAAAUCUUGGCCAGAAUCCUCCUCAACAGGUUGGUCUCUGUUGCCGAAGAACACUUGCCAGAAAGCCAGUGCGGCUUUAGAGCCAAUAGAGGCACGGCAGAUAUGGUGUUUGUCCUCAGACAACUCCAGGAGAAGUGUCGGGAGCAGAAUAAGGGCCUGUAUGUGACAGGCGUGGACCUGACCAAAGCGUUUGAUACCGUGAGCAGGCAAGGUCUCUGGCAGAUCAUGGACUGUUUGGGCUGUCCCCCAAAGACCCUGACUAUGGCCAUCCAACUUCAUGAAAAUCAAGUGGGAAACAACAAUGAGCUUUCCGAGCCCUUUCCCAUUAUGAAUGGUGUCAAACAAGGCUUUGUCCUUGCACUGAUGCUGUUUACCAUCUUCUUCAGCAUGAUGCUGCACCAGGCACUAUGA